AUGUCGGAACCCGAGGCGAUCGCGGUGGAUCCGGACACGUACGCUGUCGCAGGCGCGUACUGGCCCGAUGAUUGGCAAUCGGAAACCACGUCUAUCGGAUCUUCAAUCUAUCGAGGUUUGAUCGAGAAUGGCAGACGCUAUCAAGCACUACGGAAUAAGGAGUAUCUUAUCCCCGCGGACGAGGCACAAUUCGAGGCGUAUGAGGCUGGACACCUGUGUGCUCUUAUUCUAGAGUCCAGUUAUGAUAAUCCAUUCUUCCGGGCCCCGGUCAAAUCUCCCAAGAAUAUCCUUGAUAUUGGCACGGGGAAAGGGACAUGGGCAAUCGAUGUUGCCGAUAUGUUUCCAGAAGCCACGGUGCGUGGAGUGGACCUCUUUCCUCCCCCCGUCACAUGGGUGCCUCCCAAUUGUGUGCUCGAGGUGGAUGAUGUCCAGCAAGAGUGGACGUGGCACGAGCCGUUUGACCUUAUCCACAUGCGGAUCAUGAUCGGAUCAUUCGAGGAAGCCGAGUGGACGCGUUUGUAUAAGCAAUGCUACGACAACCUGAAACCGGGAGGUUGGAUCGAGCAAUUGGAGGUGAGCCCCAUGAUUCAAACGGAUGAUGGCAGUUUGCCGCCAGACAACAUCCUGAAUGAUUGGGGUCCCAAUAUGCUUGCCUGUGGGGAACGCGCCGGUCGAAGUGUCGACACUUUCGAUACGAUGACCAACAAGAUCCAAAAGGCGGGAUUCACCAAUAUCCACCAAAAAUUGUACAAAUGGCCCAUUGGCCCCUGGCCUCGAGAUAGAGAGCUCAAGGAAGCAGGCAUGGUCAAUCACCAGCAUUGGAGCUCGGGAUUGGAAGGUUGGUGCAUGUGGCUGCUCACUCGAUAUGGCAGUCCUUCACCUUGGAGUCAAGAAGAGGUGCAAGUAUACGUGGCUCGCUUGCGCAAUGAAUUAUUGAAUCCACGCUUCCAUAUUUGGCAUCGCGGACGGCGUGUAUGGGCUCAAAAGCCCUAUGACGACAGUCCUACCCCAACAAACAAGACGACAACACCAAGAGGACAAUGGUAG